AUGAGUAUUCCGCAUGAUACUCCGACACAGCAAUACCAACAGAUUGAAGAUAAUGAUACUGAUAGCGGUCGAUUGGACCAUCUUAAUUCCCAGCUGCGGCAGCAGAAUGAAUCCAACUUUACACUCACAGCCGACAUGGCGAUUAAGCAGUCAGAUCGUCGGAAGGACAUAAAAUGCAUUCUUGAUCCGCCUGAUCUGGAUUCGUGGAGAGAGAAGCUGUUCAAUGUAGACGAGACGAUCACUCUGAGUGAGGAACAAUUCCUGACUUACUUCCCCCACAUUGACAACGUCUACUCCCACCGUUCCACACAACGCUACAAGCGCAAACCCUUUGUUUCGCAUUACUGGGACUGUCGACUAAAGGGCCGUCCAUCGGGAACACCCAAAUCCAACGAUCCGAACAAGAAGAAACGGAAACGUACUGCUCGCCAGCGGGAUCUCUGUGACGUCAAAAUCAAAAUCACAGAGUACUUCCCUGGCUUUGUCCCGGAAUUAACACCAAGUGACCCAGAUCCUUCGUUUCCAUCGGAGUUGUUACCGGGUGUACAUGCCUUGUUCGAUCAGGGUGCGAAUGGUGAUGGCGAUGAUAGGGAGUCGCAGCCGUUUGGCAUCCUCACGCCGAAUCCUUUACCACUGGAUGGUCAUGCUGGUAUUGCUGGGGAGCGGUUCUUUACGAUUCAACGGGUGAACGGUAACGGUGCGAAUGGGAAGCAUGAUGGUGUUGGAGGGGGACAUCGACAUACGCUGGAAGAGAGCGACCGGGUGAAGAAGAAUAGUGUCCAGCGACGGGCUAUGAAUCAGGCGACGGAAAGGAAGAGGUCGAGUCCGAUCAAAACCAUGCCUCCCCAACACCAGACGAGCCAAAAGACAUACCAUACCGAAGCCACUGGUACUGCUGCGUUGACGGCGCUCAAUCACAAGAAUGAAUGCGAUUUAAAGUUAUUUGGUAGCUGCUUUUGUCCAUUCGUGCAGCGGGUAUGGAUCGCAUUGGAGUUGAAAGGCAUCCCGUACCAAUAUAUCGAGAUCGAUCCGUAUAAGAAACCGCAGUCGUUACUCGAGGUGAAUCCGCGGGGGUUGGUUCCUGCGUUGCGACACGGCGAUUGGGGGUGUUAUGAGAGUACGGUGUUGAUGGAAUAUCUCGAGGACUUGAAUGCCGGCACCCCACUUAUGCCGAAAGACGAUGUGAAGCUGCGUGCUCAAAGCCGGUUGUGGGCGGACCAUAUCAAUCGCCAUAUCGUCCCCAAUUUCUACCGCGUUCUUCAAGAACAAGACCAAGAGAAACAGAUUGCGAACGCACAGGAAUUGCGUGAAGGUUUCACCAAGCUGAUCGAUGCCGCUCAUCCCCAAGGCCCAUUUUUCUUGGGUUCCCGUAUUUCGUUCGUGGACAUCCAAGUCGCGCCUUGGAUUCUCCGGCUUCGUCGCGCUCUCAAGCCAUACCGCGGAUGGCCAGAUCCAGAGGAGGGAACUCGGUGGGCGACUUGGGUCAAUGCCAUUGAAUCUAAUGAACAUGUUCGAGCGACAACUAGCACAGAUGAGCUGUAUUUGGACAGCUAUGAGCGAUAUGCCCAAAAUCGUCCAAAUACUUCUCAGGUUGCGAAUGCAAUCAACUCUGGAAGAGGACUGCCUUGA